CAGAACCAGAUAGAGACUGAGUAUUGUAAGAAAGUAGACCACGAGAACAGAAGGUUCCAGAAGGUGAUGGCACAGCAAAAAAAUCAGCACCUGUUUUCACUGAGACAGUGGAGGGCCACGAAGAGAUUCUUCAAUGGCAAAAGAGGGGCUUGGAAGGACAAGUAAGUCACUUAGUCUGGUCUAGUGACACACAUUGUUUGAAUGGUCUCAGUCAUGGUCUGCUACCUUUUUGGACUGAGGAGCCACUUUUAUAAAGUAUAUCUGCUGUGCAAAUAUUUUGGGACUGCUGGUCUUGGUUGAAUAUUUACAUUUUAAGUCACAUUGUUUGAAUGGUCUCAGUCAUGGUCUGCUACCUUUUUGGACUGAGGAGCCACUUUUAUAAAGUAUAUCUGCUGUGCAAAUAUUUUGGGACUGCUGGUCUUGGUUGAAUAUUUACAUUUUAAGUUGCUCUUGAUACAAAUAUUUUUCUUAGUGAGGUAACUUUAUAUUCUAGAAAGUCAUGUGAAUGGGUAGACAUCUCUAACUUAUAAAACAUUUGUUGCGCGCCCCUGUUUUUGCCAGACAUCAACAAGUGGUCCACUGGAAACUGUCUAACCAAGAAAACUUCCAGCGC